AUAUAAAGAACAAGCAGACAAAGUAACAGAUUACAGGACCUGGGCAAGCAGAAGUGUAGUAGAAGUCAGUCCUGGCUAGUGAAGAUGAUCCUUUGGGCCGCUUUGCUGAUGUCUUACUGUUGUUUGGGUAUGAAUGGAGCUGCAGCAAAGAGCACAGGACUGGAGAGGAUAGAGAAAUGUGGCACCAGGUGUUCUCAGGGUCUUCACUGCAAGACCAAGCCAGGCUAUUUGGUUUCUCCUCCAUGUCAGAACGCUGUUGUAGGUCUCAACAUGUCCUUCGUGUUCCACAACAUUAGCCUCUCCACGGUCAUGAGCUGUGAGGGGAGGCAGAAGUGCUCACUACACCUCAGAAUCAAAACUGUGUUACAACUUAAUGAAUCCAUCCAUGGUUUGUCUAUUUGCACCGUCACUGCAGGGAUGAUGGUGAACUGCCAAACCUUCAGCUUCACAAGAUCGUCAAGAGAAAGGAUGUCUGGACUGCAGGUGGAAGUCGAGAAUGAUUGCACUGACGUUUCUCCGAACCAGCAAGUGCAAGUCAUGGUGAAAACUGUGCCAAGCUACUGUGGCAUAACCUGGACUGGCACCUAUGAUGCUCCACAAUGCAUCAGUAAAGAUUUGAGAAGACAUGUCCCAGAAUGCAUCACUGGUAGGCUAUCGUAUGAUGUAAAUCCAGAGAGGAAAGAGCUGACUGUCAGUGUAUCAGACAUGCUUGAAAAUCACAACUACCACCUCCGUCUGUGCUACAAGGAUUUCAUCUGUUUUGGCACAGGGGCAAGUGCACUGAUAAAGAAGGAGGAACCGGUAAAGAACACUACCCUCCUGUACUCCCGACCUUUGCCCUGCCUCUGUAUCGAGGGAUGGUCAGCUGUGGUGGAUGCCCCCAGAGUCCAGGUCUGCCCAUUCAAAGACCGUCUUGAGGAACUGUGGUUCGGAGCUACCUUUGACCCAGUGGAGAAGAUACUAUCAUGGGAACCAGUCUGUCCAGUUACCUCAGUUGUCACACUGUGUCAGAAAAAAGAGGAAGGCGUCUGUGUGGAUCUGCCCCAUGCCUCCCAGAAUGUUAGCAGAGGAAAGAUAACAUUUACUGAAGUGGAUCCACACCCGCAACUGUGCAUAAAGUUUACUGCAGGGUCUCAUUCCUGGACCAGGUGCCCCUUUGCUGAUGGGAGAUUCCAAGCAUGGGAGAUGGAAGUGACAAGACAACAGGAUCAUGAAGAAGUGAGGAUGAUGUCACAGAUUUCUGCCACGUUUUCUGUGGGGCUGUGUGUGAAGUCUGCAGGGCCUGCUGUGUGCCAGAUCACCAAAACACACACCGUGCAUGUGGAGACCAAUAAAGCUGUUGGCUUAAAGUUGGCAGAGGAACUAUGCAACUCUUGUGUCCAGGUGAAGAGGCUCGAUGUGAAGUAUGCUGCCACAGUCAUUCACUGUCUUGCGCAGUGCAAUCAGUCCUCACCUCUCACAGCUGUUAUAGCGAGUCGAACCUCGGGGGGCUUGACCUGGGUUGUUUUACUAGUUGGUGUGUGCCUCUCUGGUCUCAUAAUGGUCACUCUGGUGCUCCAUGUACUGUUAACAGUGUAUCAGAAGAGGAAACAAAAAAGAAAUGGAAAUGAAAAGCAAAUAGAUCCUGCUCUUGACUGUGUGGUCCCUGCAUUACAAAUUCAUCUCCUUGGAGGGAUCCUCAUACCCGAUUCAUCGCAGUGUGGGAACACCGAGAAGGCCAACUUCAUCACUGCAUAAGCAAAGAAUGGUAGUAUGUAUAAUACUGUAUAUGUGCUAGUUAGUAUGUUUGUCAUAGUUAUUGGCUAUUGUUUAUGUAUUCUUUAUGAUGUUAUCUGUGUGGGUGAAAGUUACAGCAUCUAUUGUCAUUUUUUAAGUUAAAAUAUUCUUUCAGCUCGCAGCUAAACUUUUCCCUUCCUAAUUUUAAUUUCUAUUUUCAAUAAAAAAUUCAAAUAAAACUACUUAAAAAAUGGUAAUACAAUACACACUUACUGUACAUUAGUCACAGCCGUAAAUGCAGCACAUCACUCACAAAACUGGAAAAGUCCUAAAAUAUGACACAAGCACACUACACUCUUAAACAGGAGCAGCGAGUUGAACUGAAUUGCAGUGUUCACUGUUGUACUGAAUUGUAAGAUGUUUUAUUUUUUCCAACCCCUAUAGACGUCUCCUAGCAGCCCCCAUAUACAACAGAUCUCCUUUUGUAUUUAAACUUAAGAGUUUCCAAGAAAUGAGUGUUAACUGGAGCUCCUACAUCACUUUGUUUGCACACUUGUUCAGACAAGCAAGCACUACUGUUUACUGUCUGCUCCUUACAUUUACAUAAU